GACCUGCCUUUUCAGAGGGUUUGUUUUUGCUGUGUCUGGUCGGCAGAAAAGGGGGGAAUGUAAAAGUGUGAAACUUAGGUAAAGCAGGACACAGGACAGCCGGGCGUCCAGACUGAUGGAGCUUCAGCAGCUGUGACUCCGUUGGACAGAGGAGAAAGAGGGCGUCCCGUUGAGAGCGUCGGCAAACCGUGAAAAAGAGCCAUCCCCAAGCCGCUCGGUGAAGCGGAGGUUGGACCCUGCGAUGAGAGAAGAGGUGUCCUGCACCAACUCCCCUGAAGGAGGCCUGGGGGCCAGCGAAGAGGAGCUGGAGAGAGCAUCGAAGAAGACCCUCCAACAGGCAAACCGAAAACGCUCCCCCUACCCUAAGAAGGACAGCCUCGGUCAGAGCCAGACGGAGGAGAGCAGCACGGGCAGCACCAACAGCCUCCUGCCGUCCGGACCCAAGAGGCUCAAGAAGAGCCCCUCGACCAUCGUGUCGCUGGUGCCCACAUCCCUCGGCCCCCGGCCAGAGCCGCCAUUCGAGGAGCUCCACUCCCAGCGGGUAAUUGCCAACGUGCGAGAACGCCAGCGCACCCAGUCCCUGAACGACGCCUUCGCCUCCCUGCGCAAGAUCAUCCCGACGCUACCCUCGGACAAGCUGAGCAAGAUCCAGAUCCUGAAGCUGGCCUCACGCUACAUCGACUUCCUGUACCAGGUGCUGCAGAGCGACGAGAUGGACGCCAAGCUGGCCAGCUGCAACUACCUGGCCCACGAGAGACUCAGCUACGCCUUCUCCGUCUGGAGGAUGGAGGGGGCCUGGGCCAUGUCCACGAGCCACUAGGACCCCUCUAAACUCAUCUCAUACACCCUCUCGUGUCCACACCUCCACCUCCCUCCCCCCCAACCCCCCAAACCCUCUGUCUGUGUUUGACCUCUGACCCUCUGAACCUCCUCUCUGCAUGGUCUGGUCUUAACCUGUCCAUCCAAAACCUCUGCAUACAUUUUUUGUCCCCCCCCUGUGCUGCAUAAUGUUUCAUUUAUCAGCUAAAUAUACGUCGCUGCAACCUCCCUCUCCUCUUCCCCCCCGACUGCUGUUUCCACUUCUUUGCCUCGUCUUUCCCUGAGUUUAGUCCAGAGCAGCGGGUCACGACACCGCGGCUUCUCAGAAAUCUCCACAACUCGGCAUUCCACGAACUACAAACAGAAGUCGAGAAAAUUCACUCGCACCUUUAAAAGAUUUCUUCCCAUCCUUAUGUGACUCCUUCCUCUAUUCCCCACUCCCCCCCCAAUGUUCUUCUGGACGUCUGCUGGACUCAUGACGCAGCGACGGCUGCUUGUGAGCGUGUUUCUGAGACUCCGUGUGGAGAUGUGACAUUGAACUGCAGAACAUUUGAAAUAAUUAGAGUAAAAGAAAGAAAAAAGAAAAAAAAAAACAGCUGGCCUGAGGUGACAAUGAAACAAAAUGGCUGCUGGAUGGAGCGCCUUCGAUAAGACCCCGAUGAUAACCGUCAUCCCCACUUUCUCCUCCUGACUCUUCUUCUCUUCGGAUGACUCACGGCCUGACAGACAUUAGGAUGACUAAUGAUAAUGGCACAGUGAUGGUUAGAGGGCGGUCACAGCCAAUUUCUGUUUACAGCUAAAAUGCUAAUAAGCUAAUCGCUCUGGCUCUUGAGGCGGGAAUCUGGUGCAGAUCUCGUCCUUUUCGCUUCGCUGCAGUGACUGGGUCGCUCUCUUGGUUAGUCCUGAAGCAUAGCUGCGCCUGGGUUUGGGGUGCGCGCACGCUGUUUUCCUCCGCCGCUCACUGCUUUAUUCUGUUUCACACCACUCAUCACAGUUCAGCCGACUGUUUAUUUGAUUAGCAGCUUGUCUGUCGAGGGCGAGCGCUGCAGCUUUAAAAUAUCUCUGCGAAAGCUUCAUAAGGAAAAAAUAAUGCAGGGGAGAAUUUCUCAGAAAGUGUGCCAAAGCGCUGUGAUUACAUGCAGAGCAGAGCAGAUUAAUUUGUAACUGUUGGACCAAUUGCUUUUGAUCAUGUUCCUUUUGUACUUUUUUUUUUUUGUUGUUGUUGUUUUUUUCAUUUGCUUUUCAUCAUUUGUCUUGUGAACAAUAAAAUUUUACUCAGCGCUGUAUGUGCAUACUG